CUGAGUUCUGCGCUGUCAAACAUGGCGUCUUUCUCGACUUCGACAUUCUACUCGCGGCGUCCAAGACUCAGUGAUAAAGAAGCGGAGCGGGUCCUGGAAGCAAUAGCCAGCAACGACACUUCAGACAUAGAAUUGUCCGAUGAUGAAGUGGACGACCCCUCUUUUGUUGUCGGUGAUGCCGCGCCUCUUCCACAGUGCUCUGAUGAUGUAUCCAGUGAGGAGGAAGAAGAGCAGAAUUCGAGCAGUACGCGCUCUCGAGACGCUACGUGGAGAAGAGGAGUCUCAUUUGACUCGGCCAUCAGCGACGUGGGGUGUGCACCGGACACGUCACCCGAUGUCAGACAGCAUUGGCGGCCAAGUGACUAUUUCCGACAAUACUUGUCAGACGCCGCGUUUGAAACUAUGCAGGAAAAGACAGCUGUCGCGUUCCACCUAAAGACGGGGAAAAUUCUUAAUUCCUCAUGUUCCGAAAUGCAGAAUUUUCUGGGUGCGACGUUGAUGAUGAGCUGUCUUGGCUACCCACAGAUGCGUCUCUAUUGGGCACGGGGCACAAGGGUGCCUGCCAUUGCCAACGUCCUCACCCGAGACCGGUUUUUCACGCUUCGCAGCAACUUCAAAGUUGUUAAUGAUCUUGACUAUACCGAACAAGACCAAAAGAACGAUCGUCUCUGGAAGGUCCGACCGAUCUUAAACGAGGUCCAAGCAGCAUGCCGCAAUCUCCCAAGACCACCUUCCGUGUGUAUUGACGAACAAAUAAUACCAUUUACAGGCGUCACUACACUCAAGCAGUAUGUGCCUGGAAAGCCUCACCCAACAGGCUUGAAAAACUUCGUGAUUGCCAGCCCCAGUGGACUCGUUUUGGAUUUCGACAUUUACCAGGGGAAAACUUUCCUCAAGAUUGGCAAUAGCCCGGACCUUGGGCUCGGGCCAAAUGUUGUGCAAGUCUUUGCAAAAACACUGCCUAGUGGGACAUCGCUCUUUUUUGACCGAUAUUUUACGACAUUGCCACUUAUUGAACAGCUUGGAAAACUGAAUCUUCGAGGAACGGGUACGAUUAUGAAAAAUCGUGUACCCAAAACAGCAAAUCUCGAGGACGACAAAUGCCUAUCCAAGCGAGGUAGAGGAACGAGUUCACAAACCGUGAAUGUCUCCACGGGUACCUGCUUAGUGAAAUGGCUAGACAACAAGGUCAUCACAUUUGCCUCAAAUCACGUUGGUGAGGAACCAUUUGGGCAGUGCAGCAGAUGGUCCAAAAAGGAGAAGGUGUACCAAGACGUUCCUCGCCCUGCCGUGGUGGAGGAGUACAACCGCAACAUGGGCGGGGUGGACAUGUCAGACAGGAUGCUAAGCCUGUAUCCCACGACACAGCGUACAAAAAAGUGGACUGUCAGGACCAUAAUUUUUAUUUGUGAUCUUGCAGCUGUGAACUCUUGGCUGCAGUACAAAGAAGACUCUGCUCUUCUUCAUGUGCCAAAGAAAAACAUCCUUGGACUGCUCGAGUUCAAGAUGUCGCUUGCACACUACCUGUUGUCAAAAACCAGGUGUAGCGAAGAAUCUGGAGAUUAUGAGCCUCCAUGCAAAGUGCUAAAAGCUAAGGUUGUGCCCCUGCCUCCUGAGCCGAAAAGAACAACUAAAGCAGACCACAUGCCAGAACUGGUGAACCAAGGAUCGUCAUCGAGGUGCCGAAACCCAGGAUGUUCGCAGCGAACAAAGUUUCGAUGCACAACAUGUAACAUCUUUCUCUGCAUUACAACCGCGCGGAACUGCUACAAGCAAUUUCACACGAAAUGAUGGCGCUUUUGGUAGCAGCAGUAAAUUUCAGAUAAAAGUGAAUUUUGACACUUUCUUAUGUGCUGAGACCCAGUGUGCAUUAUAAUGUACAUCCUGGUGUGUGAAAUCUGUUCAUGCUAAAGUUGCAAUAUUUUUCUGGGGCAAUAAAGUAUAUGUAGAUGUUCCAAAAA